AUGGUCUCGAACGCAGUUCAAUGGCAGGAAAAGCCCAUAACGAAAAAGCCCACACGUCGGAAACCAAUGAUUAUUGUUGGCAUUGUCGGCUUAAUAGCACUCAUUGCUGCAGCUGUCGCCGUUGCCGUCGUCCUCACUAGACGCUCUUCAUCCUCGUCAUCAUCAUCAUCAUCAUCAUCCUCUUCUUCCUCCUCCGGAUCCAACUCGGGCUCCGACCCAAGCGUGUUUGCCAAAGACCCGAAACUAGUGCAAUCGUUCUACGGCAUUGCAUAUACUCCCGAAGGCUCGCAAAUGCCCAAUUGUGCUUACAACGCGGAUUCGUCUAUAUGGCAAGUUAUCAAAUGUUAUGCACCUGCAGUAAGCUCAACGGCAGUCGCAGGCGCGGACUGCAACCAAACCGCAUUGGUCCUUGAAGCGAUUAAGCAAACUAAGGCUCAAAUGACCGUUUGGGUUGGCAACUACGUUAUCCCAACAGACAACGGGACAGCAUAUCGGCGCCAACGAGACGAGCUGACGCGGGUGAUCCAAACUUAUGGCACAGAGCACAUUGGGGGAAUAACUGUGGGGAAUGAGUUCAUGCUCAACUACGUGACCGCAAACUCCGCGACAGAUCCAAACGGCAGCGUCGGAAACACGGGUGCAGCCCUUUUGAAGGCAGAUAUUGACGAUACCAAGUCAGUCAUGCGUGACUUGAACCACGGCAACAUCCCGAUCGGGAAUGCCGAGGCCGGGGCCUAUUUUAAUACGGACACUCUUCGAAACGUUGACUAUGGCUUGUCGAACGUACAUGCUUGGUUUGCAGGAACAACAGUGCAAGAUGCGGCAGGGUGGACAUGGCAGUAUUUUGAGGAGACGAAUGUGGUUGUGGCAAAUGGCCUGCCAAACAAGCCGGAAAUGUACAUCGCAGAGACGGGAUGGCCGACCAAGUACACACAAACGAGCCUCCAGACCAUGGGAGCUCCACCAUCGCAAGCUACGGAAGCUAAUCUUCAGGUUUUCCUCGACACCUUUGUAUGCCAGGCGAACCGAAACGGAACCAAGUACUUCUUCUUCGAACUUUUUGACGAGAAAUGGAAGGACGACAUGUAUGGUGGUGUGGAGGGCUGGUGGGGACUAUUCUAUGCAAAGUGA